CCCACCCAUCUGGAAAGUGAAAUGGCUCUGUGAACUGCCUUGGAGCAGGGUGGAGUUGAAGCAUGGCUAAGGCAUCGGAAGGAGAACUGCUUGGAAACCCUUUGGCUUGUGCCCUACAGUGAAGAGGCCGGUUCCGCCUUUCUGGGUCUGUCCUGUUGAGCCGCCAUAACCGCAAGCCCAAAGCCAGUGUUUAUAGAUGCUUCUCCCCUACUUGCUGACCGGGACGGCGGAGGGACUGGGUUGAGUCUGGAUCAUCCGAGAAGAGAUGGCGGAAGGGAAUGAGAAAGAGCUCCUGGCCCCGGACCUCCAGUUUCGGCCUGCACUAGACCAGCAGUCGAAACCAGGAGCGAAAAUGGAGAGGAAGGAUCCAUUGAAUGCCAAACCUGAGCUGGGACCCAAGGGGUCUGGAAGAGUUCCCCAGGCAGCCGCUGGGGUGGGAGCCAUUGGGCCCGAGGGGCUGCAGCAGCUGUGGGAGGCCCAGUGGCAGGCCUUCCUCAAGGCCAUGGAGUCCCCUCACUCCGGGGCAGGAAACCCGCAGCUGCCAGAAAUGGCUCUGUGGGGAGAUCUGAAGACUUCCCUGGUCCCCUCUCAGGGCAUCCCUGUGGCCAACCAACAGCCUCGAGAAGAGCACGGGACGGGCCUCAACGGAGCAGCCCAGCAAGGGCACGACAGAUUGGACCCGGGAGAGAAGAGUCCCUCCGGGAAAGUGGAGGAAGAGAGGGAGGCGGCCCUGGGCACAGAGCACCACCGCCAUUGUUUCCGGCAGCUCCGCUACAGGGAGGCCGAGGAGCCCCGAGGGGUUUGCAGCCGCCUCUGGGAACUCUGCCGCCAGUGGCUGAAGCCCGAAAGGCGCACCAAGGAGCAGAUCUUGGACCUGGUCGUCCUGGAACAGUUCCUGGCCGUCCUGCCCCAGGGAAUCCAGGGCCGAGUGAGGGAGCGCCGCCCCGAGACCUGCGUCCAAGCGGUGGCCCUGGUGGAAGACUUCCUGCAGCGAGCGGCUGGCGGCUGGGGAGAGCAGGGUCCUGGUCUCUUCCAGGAGGUGGUUGUGAAUGUUUCCGGUGGUGAGGUGGCUGCCUUGGGGCAUGCAGACAAGCAGAUCUGGAAUGUGGUGAGGGAGGAGGGCGAAAGAAACCCUGGCUUGGUGGGUGAACGUUGUGUGAGCAGCAGUGAGGCUCAUGGGCAGGAAAGCUCUGCACAAGCAGCGCAUGGGAUUUCUGACGAGAGAGCCCCAGGGAACAGGCCCAAGCCCCACAAGCAGGCAGAAGCCACUGGGGGCCUCCGUGGAACGUGGAGGCCACAGGGAAGCAAUUGGAGGCAAAGGAUGGAUCCAUCCAUUUCUAGUACGGGGAGCUACAAAGAACUGAAUGAAACUGUAGGUGGGGAGGAGCCAGUGUCCCUGACUAAAUUUGAAGAGAGCUCAAACCCUGUGGCUCUCGGGAGAACCCACCUAGACGAUAAACCGUUCAAAUGCUUGGUCUGUGGGAAAUCCUUCCGAAAGAAGGAUAAACUCAUCCGGCAUGACAAAACCCACACCGGGGAGAGACCGUACGAAUGCUUAGAAUGCGGGAAAUCCUUCAGCACCAAGUACGGGCUCUUCCGGCAUUACAGGAUCCACAAAGACGAGAAACCCUACGAGUGCUCAUACUGCGGGAAGUUUUUCCGGAUGAACUACGACCUCAUCCGGCACCACCGGAUCCACACGGGGGAGAAGCCGUUCAGGUGCUCGGACUGCGGGAAGUCCUUCAGUAUGAACUCUGACCUGGUGCGGCACCGGAGGAUCCACACCGGCGAGAAGCCCUUCGAAUGUCCCGACUGCGGCAAAACCUUCAACGUCAAGGGCAGCCUCGUGACCCACGUUCGGAUUCACAAGGGGCUGAAGCCGUACAGCUGCGGCGAUUGUGGGAAAUGCUUCAACCAGAGUUCAAAACUGAAGGCCCAUCUGAGGAUCCACACGGGAUAGGGACCGCGUGAAGGCCCGGAUGCUGGCACAGUCCAUUGGGUGACCUGCAGGACUAUGUCCUCAUAUAAGAAUCGUCACGGGUCCCCAGGGAGAUUCUGCUCCAGGCCCUUCCUUCACGGGAAGUGAAGCUGUGUAGUAACACUGUCAGGAGCUUCUCAUGUGUGAUGGAACAACCUUGGGACUCUUCCCCAAGAGGUUUGCUAACCACUUUGCUGGUUAGCUUCACGCAGCUACAGCUGCUACCCAGUUAGCUGAUUAAAGGCACAAUCCUAUGUAUGUUUAGACGGGGGGAAAAGUCUUGCAGCUCACAGCAUUACCUCACCAAAAUGGAGUUCUACGACAUUUUUCUGUCUAAGUAUGCACAAGAUUGCACCCUAAUUAACUGAUCAACCUAU